AUCAGAAUGCACGGGUGUCGCAGCUCGCGCUUCCGCUUUUGACCACCAACAGUGCUCAUGCGAUCAAAACAGUCGACUUACGUCGUCAUUUUUGGCAUUUUUGAAAAACUUUGUGAACCUUUGCUCAUCGAAUGAACUUCCCAAAUGUAUUGUACUUUAUUGAGAAAGAUUUAAGAAUCAGGACGACGCCUGGAAGCUGAGAACCAACUUCAACAAUUUAAUUCAACUUUCAUCAGACAAUUCAAUUUACAAAUAUGUCAGUGCCAGAGGUCUUGCUUGCCAAUGGGUUGGAAUCAGUAGGAAUCGUCCAUCAGGGACUGCAAUACCUGAGGGAAGCUGUCCAACAGCAGCUUCAGGAGACAGAAAGGAGACACAGAGAUGAGCUGGAGAGGAGGAUUCAUAGCAACACUCUUCUUUCAGCAGAUGUGGACCGACCGACCGGGGGUACUAAUGAAGGAACUUGUCAAACAAAACCUGGAGAACUAAGGCGAUAUGCCUCUACACAUGCAUUGACGUCUGCUAAUAGAACAUCAAAGAAUUCUAGGCUGUUAGAGGUACCUGCUCCAGCUUUGGGAUAUUCAUCAGACCGAAAGCAUCCCCCUCGGCUGCUUCCCUACCAGACGCAGCAGUGUGAACGUGCAGCUUCAUUCAAAACAACGCAGCAGAUGAAAGAAGAAGCUGAGGAGGCUGAGUGCAAGAAGAAGUUCAGUGCACUUCCAAUUCCCAGUCAAGUCAGACAUCCCCUCUACCAGGAGAUGAUGGAACAGAGGGACAAAGAGAGGAUGCAAAAACUUGAGCAAAGGAAAACCUUUCUGCUCUCUGUGCAAAAACCUUUUAGCUUCCAGGAUAGAGAAAAGAAGAAACAGGACAAGUUGGCUGCAAUGGUGACCCAAGUCUCCCAGGAGGCAAAAAAGACAACUUUAGACAAAAUUCAACAAUCCGCUUCCAAGCUACUCAAAGAGAAAGAUCAGGACCAUUGCAGGAAAGUCCACGUAAGUACCAUUGAACGAGAGAAGCCUGCAGCCUUCGAGAGAACCAAAUCUCGCACAGCAGAGCGGACCAGAAGAGAAAAGCUUGGUUUCCUGGACGAGAAACCAAGCUUCCAGCCAAAGAUCAACCAUCAGGUGCCAGAUUUCAGUCGUCUGCACAAAGCUCUGCAGACAGAGAGGAUGAGAAAAUCACCAGUUAAAGAUGUGAUCAGGUGUCAGCCCUUUUACCUGAGGACAUCUGCCCUUCCUGUCCGGCAGAAGAAACAGAGCCCUGAAAAGUCACAGAUUUCUGGUAAUCUCAAUCGAAGUAAGUCAUGUGGAGCGCUGACGUCCUUGUCUGCCGACACGCUUCCAACUUACAUCACAGAUGCAACAAGGAAACGCUGCAUGGCCAUCAGGAUGUCCAUGGAAAUGAGGGAUUGGAAGAACCAGGCAAGUGAAGACUGGCUGAAGAAGUACAGGACCAAGUCUGAGGCCAUGAGGAAGACGGUUUCCCAUCAUUCCAAGUUACUGGACCCUCACAAAAGCUUGAGAGAAGUCUUUGACGAAAGACUAAAGCACCAUCGGGAGGCAGAUCAUCAAAGGACAAGCGAUUACAUGAGGGAUCUACGGGACAUGAAUGCUCGUGUUGGAGAGCGUCCCCUGUUGUUUGAACAGGUGAAACAGAGAAAUGCAAAAGCUCAAGCAGAGCAGACAUACAAGAACGAACUGAAGAAAGCUGGCGUAAAAGAGCAGUUUGUGGAAGAAAAGGGAGGAAUGGUGAAGGGAACAUCUAUCUCAUCUACAUUGGAGGAUGACACCACCACAGAUGUCGACAGAAAUGACAAUGCUAUCCAAGAAAGUGAUGCAGAGCCUGAUUUAGGUAGGAAAAUGUAGACAACGGUGGAGAAAAUUGAAGAUGUGGAGGAGAACAACAUGGGGGAAGGAUUGUCAUGAUCAGACGGUACAAUGUUUUUGUGGCCUCUCAGCUAGAAAACAACACUGUAUUAAAAUAUGACUCACGUCUAGCGAACCACUUCAACAAUGUGAUAUGCCAACAAUUGUAACUACGAAUUAAGAAAUCUCAAAACAUCUGAACCAGACAAUUCCAAGGGGAAAACAUAGAAAAGUGUAUGAAACUGUGUAAAUAAUCAUUUGUAAAUUAUAUUUUAGAUAUUUAUAGAUGCAAUAGAUUGUUCUGAAAACAAUAACAUGUUUUGUAGAAUUGUGGACAACUGAUUCCCAAAAUAAACAUUUUAAAAACUGAAUGGAAACACUAUUUCAGCUCACUCAUUCUGUAACACAGGGGGUCCAAAGUGUGGCCCAGGGGCCAUUUUGGGGCCAUUUGCGGCCUAUGGCAUUUCGCACAAAUAAACGUAAACCAAAAAAAUCCCAGCAGAAAUGAGAAAUAUCUCAAAAAGGCACUAAAAGCAGAAAAAUAUUGAUACUAAUAAUAAAAACAAUGAUAUUUUGUCCUGAAAUAUACUGUUAAUAUAACUUAUUUUUAAGCCUUUUUACAAAGUUUUAAAAACAAAAAAAUAUCAAAGUGUCUCUGGUCAAUCAUUGAUUUUUUUUAUUUUGAAUGCUGCUCUCAGUGGAAAUAGUUUAGACACGCCUGGUUUAGCAAUUCUUCUGUUCAGAAUCUUUCACACAUAAACAUAAUCGAACCUUUCUUAUGAAGUAUUUACUUUUAAGUUAAAAUGCACUCCUGCAUUUUUAACAAUUCCUACGAGGACACACAGGCCUAUCUUACAAUGCUGGGUUAAAGUUCCGAGUCACCAGAGCCGCACUGCCACCUAAAUAAAUCCUUGCACAGUCACAC